UUGGUGCUAAUUUUAAAGGACAAUACUCUGCUGUGGAAAGAGAGAACAAGACCUCAGAGGUUCCCAGUGAUCAGCCUCCCCAGCAGCAUCAAGCACACCUGGACUCCAUAUUUAUGCUCCUGGAGGAGAAAAUCAUCACUUUUGUGAAGAAUGAGUUAAAGAAGAUCCAGACAGUUCUGUAUCCAGAUUAUUCAGAAUGCUUAAACUGCCAGACGGAGGAUAAGGAGAUUUUGGAGUGUGAGGAUGAAGAGCAAAGGAGUAGCAACAGAGAGGCAUUUAUAAAGAUCACACUGCAGUUUCUGAAAGGAAUGAAGCAGUAUGAGCUGGCUGACCGUCUGCUGAGCAGCAGAUUUGCUCCAGUUUGUCAACAUAAUCUUAAAUCUCAACUGAAGAAGAAAUUCCAGUGUCUGUUUGAGGGGAUCGCUAAAGCAGGAAAUCCAACCAUUCUGAAUCAGAUCUACACAGAGCUCUACAUCACAGAAGGGACAGCAGAAGUCAAUGAUGAGCAUGAGGUCAGACAGAUUGAAACAACAUCCAGGAGACGAAAACCAGAUGGACCAGAAACAACAAUCAGACAAGAAGACAUCUUUAAAGCCUCACCUGGAAGAGAUGAACCAAUCAGAACAGUGUUGACAAAGGGAGUGGCUGGCAUUGGGAAAACAGUCCUAACACAGAAGUUCACUCUAGAUUGGGCUGAAAGCAAAACUAACCAGGACAUCAAGUUCAUAUUUCCAUUCACUUUCAGAGAGCUGAAUGUGCUGAAAGAGAAAAACUUUAGCCUGGUGGAACUUGUUCAUCACUUCUUUACCAAAACUAACGAAGUAGGAAUCUGUAGCUUUGAAGACUUCCAGGUUGUCUUUAUUUUUGAUGGCCUCGAUGAGUGUCGACUUCCUCUGGACUUCCACAAAACUAAAAUCCUGACAGACCCCACUAAGUCCACCUCAGUAGAUGUGCUGCUAACUAACCUCAUAAGAGGGAACCUGCUUCCCUCUGCUCACCUCUGGAUAACCACACGACCUGCAGCAGCCAAUCAAAUCCCAGCUGGGUAUGUUGACAUGGUAACAGAGGUGAGGGGGUUCACUGACCCACAGAAGGAGGAGUACUUCAGGAAGAGAUUCAGAGAUGAGGAGCAAGCCAGCAGGAUCAUCUCCCACAUCAAGACAUCACAAAGCCUUCACAUCAUGUGUCACAUCCCAGUCUUCUGCUGGAUCACUGCUACAGUUCUGGGGGAUGUGGGGAAGAAGAGAAAAGAGGAAACAAGGACAGCACUACCUACAACCCUGACUGAGAUGUACAUCCACUUCUUGGUGGUUCAGGCAAAAGUGAAGAAGGUCAAGUAUGAUGGAGGAAUUGAGACAGAUCCACCCUGGAGUCCAGAGAGCAAACAGAUGGUUGAGUCUCUGGGAAAACUGUCUUUUCAUCAGCUGCAGAAAGGAAACCUGAUCUUCUAUGAAUCAGACCUGACAGAGUGUGGCAUCGAUAUCAGCGCCGCCUCAGUGUACUCAGGAGUGUUUACACAGAUCUUUAAAGAGGAGAGAGGGCUGUACAAGGACAAGGUGUUCUGCUUCAUCCAUCUGAGUGUUCAGGAGUUUCUGGCUGCUCUUCAUGUCCAUCUGACUUUCAUCAACUCUGGAAUGAAUUUACUGGAAAAGCAACAGGAAACCACCCAGAAUUUGCAAGAAGAAGAAUCUGCAGAGACUGGCUUGUACAAGGGUGCUGUGAAUAAGACUUUACAGAGUUCAAAUGGACAACUGGACUUGUUCCUCCGCUUCCUCCUGGGUCUUUCACUUCAGACCAAUCAAAGUCUUUUACACGGGCUGCUGGAACAGACAGGAUGUAGCUCACAGACCAAUCUGGAAACAGUUCAACACAUAAAGGAGAGGCUCAGUGGAAAUCUAUCUGCAGAGAAAAGCAUCAACCUGUUUCACUGUCUUAAUGAACUAAAUGAACAUUCUAUAUUGGAGGAGAUCCAACAGUCCCUGAGAUCAGGAAGUCUCGCUGCUGAUAAACUGUCUCCUGCUCAGUGGUCAGCUCUGGUCUUUAUCUUAUUAUCAUCAGAAAAAGAUCUGGUUGUGUUUGACCUGAAGAAAUACUCUGCUUCAGAGAAGGCUUUCCUAAGGCUCCUGCCAGUGAUUAAAUGCUCCAGCAUAGCGCUACUUGGUGGAUGUAACCUCUCAGACAGAAUCUGUGAAACUCUAUCCUCACUACUCAGCUCCCGUUCCUGUCUGAGAGAGCUGGACCUGAGUAACAACAACCUGAAAGACUCCGGAGUGAAAGUACUGUCUGGGGGACUUGAGAGUCCACACUCUAAACUGGAAAAACUUAGAUUGUCAAGUUGCUCAGUCACAGAAGAAGGUUGUACUGCUCUGACAUCAGCACUGAACUCCAACCAUUACUACCUGAGAGAGCUCGACCUGAGCUACAAUAAUCCAGGAGAGGCAGGGGUGAAGAUGCUGAAGCAGCUCCGACUGGACACUCUCAGACUAAGUGGUUGUAACCUCUCGGACAGAAUCUGUGACACUCUAUCCUCAGUUCUCAGCUCCCACUCCUCUAGUCUGAGAGAGCUGGACCUGAAUAAUAAUGACCUGAAGGACUCGGGAGUGAAAACACUGUGUGGUGGACUAGAGAGUCCAUACUGUAAACUGGAAAUAUUCAGAUUGUCAGGCUGCUUGAUCACAGAAGAAGGUUGUACUGUUCUUAUCUCAGCGCUGAACUCCAACCAUUCCACCCUGAGAGGGCUGGACCUGAGCUACAAUGAUCCAGGAGAGGCAGGGGUGAAGCUGCUGAAGCAGCUCCAACUGGACACACUCAGUGAGCUGAAGCAGACUGUUUGAAUUUGUGAAGAGUGGACCCAAAAUGCAGACACAGAGGAACAUGGAACCAAAACUUGAGUAUUAACAAAAAGCGAGCCAUUUAAUGUGGCUGAUGAAGAAAUACAAAGAAAUAUAUAAGGCAAACAAUGACAAGAAUAAACAAUAACCUAAACUGAGGAAACUAAAGAUAAACAUAAAAAACAAAAACAUGAAAAAAACAUGAAACUUGGCAUGGAUACAAUGAUACCUGGAACAUAGACACAUGGCGCAAAAGACAAAAGAUGGCCUGACACUGAACAAAGGAGGACAGAGGGCUAGUACACAAUCAGAUAAUGGGGGGAUGGGGAAUAGGUGGGAACACAGCUGGAACAAAUCAGACCUAACAAGACAAGGGGAAGCAAAACUUGACACACUGCACAUAGGACAGGGACUUUCACAAUAAAACAGGAAACGGCAUGGAAUGCAGACAUGACAACAUGGACAAGAAGACAAGAAACAUGACAGACUAAUACAGAAGACAUACGUGAAAGAUAACUAAAUUUAAGGCAACCAAAUGAUAAUCUUAUUACACAAUAUACACUAAACAAAAAUAUAAACACAACACUUUUGUUUUUGCUCCCAUUUUUCAUGAGCUGAACUUAAAGAUCUGAAACAUUUUCUACAUACACAAAGGACCCAUUAUUAUCAAAUAUUGUUCACAAAUCUGUUUAAAUCUGUGUUAGUGAGAACUUCUCAUUUGCCGAGAUAAUUCAUCACACCUCACAGGUGUGGCAUGUCAAGGUGCUGAUUAGAAAGCAUGAAUAUUGCACAGGUGUGCCUUAGACUGCCCACAAUAAAAGGCCACUCUGAAAUAUGCAGCAAGUGUUGUUUUCAAUAAAUUGCAUGAUCAAAAAUUUUUUUCUUCUUAAGAACCAACCAUGCAACAUAUAAUUUGCAUAUUUUUGGUGCAGCGUAUUUUGGGGUUUGGAAAUGUUGAAACGUUUCUCCCACUGAAAACGCUACAUCCAGAUGAACAAAAUCAACUUUUGGAGGUUUUGAUUGGGAACUUUUUAAAUUUGGUAUUAGUCAGUAUAAUGAGGCUUUAAUUAUCUUUCCAGAGACUGAUUUAACUCAGGGUCUCUCAUCCAGUGUCCUGAGCUUUCAAUGUAAGCUUUCACUUUCUGUCAUACAGACUUCAUCAGUGUCUAACAGUAUGUGUAUGAGAGCGAUGUAAUGCCCAUGUGUGCCUGCUGAAAGAGACUGUGCUGGUCUGACGCCCCUCCUCCUUUCAGGGUGGAGCCUGCUGGAGUCCGAUGGUUGAGACCAGGUCUGAGGAAGUAUUCCUGUCAACUCACAAUCGACCCAAACACAGUGAACACAAAACUGAAACUGUCUGACAGCAACAGGAAGGUGGCACGUGUGGAAGAGGAUCAGUCAU